AUGUCUAGUUCAAUGUUGGAUACAUUACCUGUUGAAAUACUUUAUCGAAUAUUCGAUAAUCUUGAUAUUCAAACGAUUAUUUUAUCACUUCGUUAUGUUUGUAAACGUUUUUAUUUUACAACUGAUUCAUAUAAUCGAUAUAAUUUUAAUUUUAAAUCAAUGUCAAAACCAUAUUUUCGUUUUAUUUGUCGACUUAUACCAUAUGAAAAUGUUAUUUCACUUACAUUAUCUGAUGAAGAUAAAACACGAGGUCAAAUCUCAUUAUUUCUUUCAUUAUGUCAAAUCGAACAAUUUACUCGACUUCAAUCAUUAACUCUUCUCCUAAUUGAAGAUAUUCAUUUAAAUAUAUUUUUAAAUUAUAUUAUUACUUCAUCAUUAAAAUCUCUUUCGAUUAGUACACAAAUAUUACAUGCCUAUCAAAAUUCAACAACUCAUCUCUCAUCAGUUAUAACUCAUCAUAGUCUUCAAAAUCUUUAUUUGAAUAUCAAUGAUAAAGAUUGGAAUGGCAUAGCAUGGUCUACCAAUCGAACAUUACGUUAUCUUCGGUUAGUUAAUACCAUAACAUUGAAACAAUUCUGUAUUAUUCUACAACAUUAUGUUUGUUUACAAACUCUUGUUUUAAAAGAAGUUAGUACCGAUGAAAAUGAAAAUGAUAUUUAUCCAUCUGCAUUUCAACAAUUGACAUCAUUAACAUUUGAAGAUGGUCGUAUAGAAAUUAAUAAAAUCGCACAAUGUGUUUCAUUUACACCGUCACUUACCUAUCUGAAAAUUAUCGGUGAUGGAAAUCUAUUUAAUACAUCAUUCGAUGGUUUUGAAUGGGAAAAAUUAAUUCGAACAAAACUUCAUUCCAUUAAAAAAUUUGAAUUCUUCUUUAUUAUUUUAACUUAUAGUAAUUAUCGUGCCCGUAAUAUAGAACUUCUCAUGGAAUCAUUUCGAACAUCAUUUUGGCUUAAUGAAUUACAUUGUUUUAUUACUUGUGAUUAUAUUACUAAUUCACGUAAAAUUAUGCUAUAUACUUUACCAAUAUGUAAAACAUAUUUUCUAUAUCAUAUUGAUCCAAAAAAACUUUCGAUAACAAAUUGUACAACAAGAAUUAAUCAGAAUGAUAUGAAUAAUGUACAACAAUUAGAAUUACAAUUAACAAAAGAUGUGAAUAUCUUACCAAUAGAAAAGAUUGAAUCAUCAAAUCAUUUUUUAUUUCGUAAUGUUAUAAAUCUUACACUUGUAAAUAAUGAUGAAUGGCCAAGAAAUUCAUUAAAUUUUCUUUCAAAUAUUCUCAAUUUAUCCAAUAUUAUAAAAUUAUCUCUGUCGAUUAGUUUUCAUCCUGAUCAUACAUUAAAUACAGUAUCAAAUAUAAAUAAAUUACUUAAACAAACAGUAAAUCUUCGUUCAUUAUUAUUAUAUGAUUAUUGGGCACCUGAUAAUUUUAUGACACGUAUGGAAACAAUUUGUUCUAUGAUACUACCCAAUAUAAAACAUUUACAAAUUCGAGUUAAAAAUAUUGAUGAUAUUAAAUAUAUUCUUGAACAACUUCAACAUUUAACAAGUGUUACUUUUGAAUAUGCACAAAUUUUAACAGUUGAUCGUCAAGAAUUUAUUGAAUCUUUAGCCUAUUUAAAUAGAUAUCCAUCAUCAUGGAAUAGUCAACAUGCUUUACAUAUAUGGCUUAGAAAUAAGAAAAAAAUAAUUCCUUAG